UAUGUGGUUUUGCCUGCCAUGUGACAUGUCAAGAGAGAGUUCCUGCAAUGUGCCCUGUGCCUCCAGACCAAACUAAAAGACCAGUAGGAAUAGAUCCAACCCGAGGCAUUGGCACAGCAUAUGAAGGUUAUGUGAAGGUUCCAAAACCAGGGGGUGUGAAGAAAGGUUGGAUGAGACAAUUUGUUGUUGUUUGUGAUUUCAAGCUUUUUUUAUAUGAUUUAGCACAAGACAAAAGUGCUCAGCCAUAUGUGUGUGUGUCUCAGGUAUUGGAUAUGAGAGAUGAAGAUUUCUCAGUCAACUCGGUGCUGGAAUCUGAUGUUAUUCAUGCCAAUAGAAAAGAUAUUCCUUGUAUAUUUAGAAUUACUACUUCAAUGAUGGAUCCUCCCGGUUUAAAAAACCAAACUCUUAUGUUAGUUGAUAGAGAAAGUGAAAAGAACAAAUGGGUUGAUGCCCUUACAGAGCUUCAUCGAAUUCUUCGCCGAAAUAAACUGCCAUCACGAACUGUUUUCCAAGCCAAAGAAAUUUUAGAUAAUACUAUUUCUAUUGUUAAAAAUGCCUUAUCUGCUGCAGUCAUUGAUCGAGACAGGUUAGUUCUUGGAACUGAGGAAGGUCUUUAUUGUGUUGAUCUGGAUAGAGAAGAAAUAGCAAGAAUAGGUGAUGGCAAAAAAAUAUGUCAAAUUCAGUAUGUCCCAGAAGAGCAGCUCUUAAUAGCAGUAUCAGGUAAACAAAGGCAUAUACGACUGAUUCCAGUAGGUGCAUUAGAUGGCCAUGAUAUAGAAUGGAUAAAAGUAGCCGAUACCAAGGGUUGCCUUACUUUUGACACUGCCUGUUAUUCUCAAGGGUGUUCUUCCAACUAUGUAUUUUGCAUUGCUCUUAAGAGACAGGCACCUUUCUCCAACAUUUCUGACUUAUCUAUAUUAAAGAUGCCAUUCCGUUUCAAUGGUGAUUGUAAAGUGGUGCUGUACGAUAUCAAUCGAACAAAAAGCCGCCACCAAAGACGCCGAGAAAUUUCUUUGCCAACUUCUGCUCAGUGCCUCAAUGUGAUGGGGGAUAGACUGUGUGUGGGCUUUCCUUCAUCAUUUUUCAUAUACUCUUUAUGGGAAGAAACACCUCCAUUUUGUAAGUUUAUAAUUUGCAUUUUUUAAACCUAUAACACUUUAUUUUAUGUUUUUAAAUAAAGAAUUAAAUUUUAUGUUUCAGUUAUUUAUAUCACAAAACAAGUUUGAAUUUUGAAUCUAUGAUUAUAUUCUGAAGCUAUCAAUUGAUAAGAAAUUCAAAUAAGAGAGUAUAGAAAGUGUUCUAUUUAUUAUUGUUUUUAUAUUAUGUGCAUGAGAACCAAGUAGAUUUUUAAUGUAUCUGCAACAGCCUUUUAAGUGUAAAAAAUAAUAAACUGAAAGUAUGAGCAAUAGAGCAAAAAAUAUUCUGGGCAGAAAAUUUUGAUCGUAAAGCUAGCUAUAUUUUCUUAAUUGCUUAGCUAUAUUUUAAAUUUGAAAGAGAGGUAAGAAUCUAUAAGAAGAUUUGUAGUUAUUGCAUAAUAUUUUGAUAAGGGAAUAAAAACUGGAAAUCUCAUUGUUUUAAAAUUCUUUUGAAAUGGAUGCAUGGGAUGGCUAAUGAACCUUUUUUUAUUUAACUGUUCUUUGAUGGUUUGUAAGAUAUUGUGUUAAUUUUAUUUAAUAUGAUCUUAACUUUGUAGGUUCAUUAGGUUAAUGGGAAGCCAGAGAGAUGAAAAAUAUGCAACUGCCUUCGCCAGGAAUCGAGCCACGGACCU